UCGUAGAUCCUGAGAUCCAGAGCGAGGCCGGGGCUGCUUUGAAGAUACUCCUCCGGACGUCAGCCAGGGACAGCGAGGCUGGCGCACCCCAGUCCUCGAAGUUGCCCGUUGAUUGCCUGCAACCUGCAUCGCCGUCGGAAGCGGAGGCAGAGCGUGAGAUGACGGCCGAAAGCCCUCAGCCAACGGGUUGCGCGGUCAGCCGGCCCGACGCCGAGGCCGAAGCCGCCUCCAGGCUUCCCGCGCUGGUGAAGAUGGAGCCGGCAGCCCCAGGAGAGGCCCUGGAGCCGGAGCCGUCGGAAGAAGACGUGGGGGCGAUGGGAGGUUCGCGGCCUAUCGGACGCCGCAGGAAACGGCCGGUCCAGCGCGGGAAACCCCCGUACAGCUACAUCGCGCUCAUCGCCAUGGCCAUCGCGCACUCUCCGGAGCGCCGCUUGACCCUGGGCGGCAUCUACCGCUUCAUCACCGAACGCUUCCCCUUCUACCGCGACGGGCCUCGCAAGUGGCAGAACAGCAUCCGCCACAACCUCACGCUCAACGACUGCUUCGUUAAGGUGCCCCGAGAGCCCGGCCGGCCGGGCAAAGGCAGCUACUGGGCCCUCGACCCUCACGCCCGCGACAUGUUCGAGAGCGGCAGCUUCUUGCGCCGCAGGAAGCGCUUCAAGCGUAGCGACCUUUCCACUUAUCCCGCCUACAUGCACGAGGCGCCGGCCCAGCCCGUCGGGCCUUCGCUGAGCUCGGCCUACGCCCCUCCUGCUGCUCUCUGCUACCCUUCCCAGCCGCCCCUCUUCAGCCUGGGGCCCCUCAUGGCCCAGCCGAGCCCGGAGCUGGUGCAGCAGCAUAGCGUGGACAUAAACUCCUCUCCUAGCAAUGCCUGCUCCUUUGCUGCCUCCGCUGCUUACUCCAACCAAGCCUGCACCGCAGCCUCCGGCCUAGGCAGGCCCCACAACACCAUGCCUUACUCUUACGCCAUCCCCAGUGCCCAGCAGCUCCAGGUUAACCAAGGCUCUUAUUCCCAGAGCAGCAACAGUAACCUCUUUGGGGCUUCUGCCCGUCUAGGAGUGCCUACCUCAUCCCCCAUCACUAAUGACACCAUGGAUUUCUAUGGCAGGAUGUCGCCUAGCUCCUACAGCUCUUUGGCUCACGGGUAUAAUGCCAGUGGGCAGCUCAGUAGUCCCGGAGCCUACCUGCGCCACACCACUUACCCCAGUAACAUGGAAAGGUUCGUUUCGGCCAUCUGAAGCCAAGGAGGAACUCCGUUGGGGGG